AGUGCGACACUGAAGAGAUCUACCCACUGGUAUUUCCCUCUGUAGUCAAUGCGGGCUAUGAUGGCUACAAAGCUAAAAUUGCAAAUAAGUAUGAAAUAUGUGUACUUCUAAACACUGGUCCUACAGUAGAAAACAUGUAAAGAUGCAACACGUUCAGCCCGUGUGCUCACGUUGCUGUGUGGUCUGCGUGUGCUGUCCUCCUUAUAGGUGGCAUUUACCAAAUGGGGUGGGGGGAUAAGGGAGGCUGGUAUCGCGUGAUUAAACCUUACAACAUCUCUUGAGUAUAAAUCAGGGCAAGGCUCACCCAUUCGACACCCCUAAGAGUUGAUUGUGAAUGUCUGCCCAACAAUUGGUGAACUUUCCAGGAGCCUAACACAAGUGUAGCAGGUAGGGGCUUAGUAAAGGAGCAGGGCAGGACAGACAUACUGACAUCUGCGUUUUUCUUCCUGUUGCAGUUUUAUAAACAUCAACAAAUGAUGAAACGUGCCAUGGCAGAGACGCUUCAUAAAGGAAGGAUGUUGUGGAUAAUUCUUCUAAGCACAAUUGCUCUAGCAUGGACUACACCAAUUCCCUUGAUAGAGGACUCGGAGGAACUCGAUGAGCCCUGCUUUGAUCCAUGUUACUGUGAAGUGAAGGAAAGCCUUUUCCAUAUACAUUGCGACAACAAAGGAUUUAUAAAUAUUAGCCAGAUAACAGAGUCAUGGUCGAGACCUUUUAAACUUUAUCUGCAGAGGAAUUCCAUGAGGAAAUUGUACACUAACAGUUUUCUUCACUUGAACAAUGCUGUGUCUAUUAACCUUGGGAACAAUGCACUGCAGGACAUUCAGACAGGGGCUUUUAAUGGGCUCCGAGUUCUGAAGAGGUUGUAUUUGCACGAAAACAAAUUGGACAUUUUCCGAAAUGACACUUUCCUGGGUUUGGAAAGUCUGGAAUACCUGCAGGCAGAUUACAAUGUCAUUAAACGGAUUGAAAGCGGGGCAUUUCGAAACCUAAGUAAAUUGAGAGUCCUUAUCCUAAAUGACAAUCUUAUUCCCAUGCUUCCCACCAACUUAUUUAAGUCUGUGUCCUUAACUCACUUGGACUUGCGCGGAAACCGGCUAAAAGUCCUUUCGUACCGCGGGAUGUUGGACCAUAUUGGCAGGAGCCUGAUGGAGAUCCAGCUGGAGGAGAACCCGUGGAACUGUACGUGUGAGAUUGUGCAGCUGAAGAGCUGGCUGGAGCGCAUCCCCUACACUGCCCUCGUGGGGGACAUCACCUGCGAGACCCCCUUCCACUUCCACGGGAAGGACCUGCGGGAAAUCAAAAGAAGCAAGCUCUGCCCCAUGCUGUCUGACUCCGAGGUGGAAGCCAGCCUGGGCAUCCCUCAGCUGUCGUCCAGUAAGGAGAACGCGUGGCCUACGAAGCCUUCCUCCAUGCUGUCCUCCUUCCAUUUCACCGCUUCCUCUGUUGAGUACAAAACAUCCAACAAGCAGCCCAAACCCACCAAGCAGCCCAGGGCACCCCGGCCUCCCCCAACACCCCGUGGCCUGUACCCUGGGCCGAACCAACCACCCGUGGCUGCCUACCAGACCCGGCCCCCCAUCCCCAUCAUCUGCCCUACUGGCUGCUCUUGCAGUUUGCACAUCAACGACCUGGGUCUGACGGUCAACUGCAAGGAGCGGGGGUUUCACAACAUCUCCGAGCUCCUGCCCAGGCCCUUGAAUGCCAAGAAGCUGUACCUGAGCGGGAAUUUGAUCCAGAAGAUAUACCGCUCCGAUUUCUGGAAUUUUUCCUCCUUGGAUCUCUUACACCUGGGGAACAACCGGAUUUCCUAUGUGCAGGACGGGGCCUUUAUCAACCUGCCGAAUCUCAAGAGCCUGUACCUGAACGGCAAUGACAUCGAGCGGCUCACCCCGGGCAUGUUCCGGGGCCUGCAGAGUUUGCAUUACCUGUACUUCGAGUACAACUUGAUCAGGGAAAUCCAGCCGGCAGCCUUCAGCCUCAUGCCCAACCUGAAGUUGCUCUUCCUCAAUGCCCGCCUCAACCUGCGCAACAACCACUUCUUGGCGCUGCCGGUGGCCGGGGUGCUGGAGCACCUCCACGCCAUCGUCCAGAUCGACCUGAAGCUCAACCCUUGGGACUGCACAUGCGACCUGGUGCCGCUGAAACAGUGGCUGGAGGCCCUCAGCUCGGUCAGCGUGGUGGGCGAGGUGCUGUGCGCCAGCCCAGAUC